CAUGACGCGGCCGAUCAAGGAAGUGAAACCAUCGCAGGCUUUCGGAUUCGGUCAAUGUGACCAAACCGCAGAUGUCUUAAAGUUUGUUGCUGCAAUUUUAACAGAUACAGACAUGGCUGACUCUCCCAUUAACCCGCUGGUGUUGAUUGGUGCCGGCUCCAGUUUGGCCUUCUCUGGCCUUUUCUAUCAUUUAUACCAAGAGAAGAAAACGGAACUGACAAAGCUGAAGGAAAUACCUGUUUUCAAGCCAGAUCACCAUUUGGUCAAAGUGCUGAGAGCGUCUCCCCACAAGAGACUGCAGUAUGUUGCAGUAGAAGGCUUGGUGCAGGCAGACGGGGAGCCUCUGGCCAGCCAGUUUGUCCCACGAUGCUUUGGUGUGAUUCAGAAGAUCGCAGUGGAGGAGCAAUGGAAAUACUGGAACUCCCUCACCAACACAUGGAAUUCUCGGACAACAAACAGAAAAGAAAGCAACAACACGGUGCCUUUCAGCCUGGUCAGCCCUGGCGCCUACAUCACUGACUUGUUCGUGAAGAUCCAAAACCCUCUGGAGGCCUCUGGGGGCUUCCUGGACACGGUCUACUACAAAGUGAGACGUGCUGAGGAGGGCUUGACGAACAUGCUGUUGCAGGGCCUCAGCGGGGAGAAGCCGGUGGCGAUGAAGGAGAGCGAGGAGAUGCUGCGGGUGGGGUGCACCCUGACUGGUUUCGGUGAGGUGGUGCUGGAGGGGGGUCAGGUGAUGAGGCUGCAGGCCCCGCGGGACGGCCGCAAGUACAUCCUGGUUCCCACCGACCACAGGAGCUUCAUGGACCGGCACGAGAGAUCGGCCAGCAUGUGGAAGAUGCUGUCCGCCGUGAGCGGCAUCACGGGGGCUUCUCUUCUAGCCAGCGUGGUUUACGGCCUGGUGGGGAAUCGGGACGACAGAUCGAAGUAGGCCCGUCGAUGUGGACGCUGCGGCUUGAAUGGCUGUGACAGCUUUUUAUGGGGUCUCCCAAUAUUGCCCUGUGUUUUUAUCAUUGAUUCCAUAGAACCAUCCUGAUGCGGAGAUAAGUUGUCAAAUAUUGGACGAAACAUAGAAAGCACAAUAGCAUUUUAGAAAACGCUACAAAACUGUAAAAUGAACAAAACUGACCUGUCAAUUCCUGUUUUGAAAUAAGACAGAACCAUCCAUCCAUCCAUUUUCAAUACCGCUUAUCCUCAUUAGGGUCGCGGACAGAACCCACUUUUUAAUUAUACAGUAUUCUGAACCGCAUUGCUAGUAUCUUGUUAAAGCUCUCUAUACACCUGCCAGUGUGGCAAUUCAGUGAAGGCAAUGAGAAGGUCUUUAGGCCUAACAGAAUCCACUUCAUAGGGCGGGGGAGGGGUGAAUGGAGCCUGGAGACGACGUCCUCGCAGGUCGAAUGGUGCACAGCAGCACGUCGAGUUGUCACAAGAACAAAUUAGCUCGAACCAUCUCGUAUUUGUUCUGCAGUCAUUGGGCCAGUAGAAGUAUUCCAAGGAGCAUGAGGAUGUGCACUGCUGUUUGACGUUAAGUCAAAGCUACUUUAUCAAGGGAACAUUUUGUUAUUAUAAUUACAUUUUGUUUUUAUAAAUAGAGAUGAAAUAAGUAAGUUUAAUGUGAUGUCAUCAAUCAUUUAUUUUCACAAUAUUUUGCUUUGAUUGCAAGAUGUUUAACUUUAAAAGGAACUAUGGCUAUUUAAUCUCUGUCCAGUCAUCAUGUCCAGAUGAGACGGAAUUAAAAUCAGAUUUUUGGUGAUUUUCUUUACUGCAUCUACUGAAGAUAUAUAAUCUUCUACCUCUUAAAUCAUUGUGACUUGCAAGUCUUUGUCCAACAUGUCACCAAAAAGAAGUCUAAACACUGUUAACCAUCAGUGAUGUGUUUGUAUUGAAUAAAACCUUAAAGCAA